AUGGCGAAACAGCUGCGUUACCCGGGCAAGGUGGCGAUCGUGACCGGUGGCACCUCUGGCAUUGGUCUGGCCAUCGUGAGAGAAUUUGUUCGCCAGGGAGCCAAUGUGGUCUUCUGUUCAAAACCAUCCGAAGCGGAAAAGGGGAAAGCAAUUCAGAGAGAGCUGCAGGAUUCACGGUGCCCAGGGGAUGCUUACUUCGAGGUCUGUGAUGUCCGCAAGGAGGCAGACAUUAAGAGGUUGAUUUCGGCCACUCUAGAACGUUAUGGGUGCCUGGACUGCUUGGUGAACAAUGCUGGAGAUGUUAGACUUGACAAGAUAGACGAUGUGACUGCCCAAGACUUCCACAACACCAUGGAACUCAAUACUCGGAGCAUUUUGUUGGCAUCAAAAGGUGCAAUUCUUGCAAUGACCAAAACUCUGGCCAUAGAUGAGAGCAAAUAUGGAGUACGAGUCAACUGGUAA